GUUCUAAACGAAAGAAAGCUGUGAUGAGCAACCAUAAUAAUCAAGGAGGCAGUAGGAAUGGGUUAAAUGGAAAUUUCCAGCAAGCAGGCUCGAGGCAACAAGGUGAAAAGCCGAAUCCAAUUGAGGAUGUAAUGGACGCUUUUAAGAGCAUUGCUCUCACAGCAGGCUCUGGAGCGAUUCUUGCACCAAAUUGGCAAUCUACAUCACUAGUUGAUUCUGGUAAAGAACCUCGGAAAGGUCCAGGUAAUAAUAGAGAUCAAGGUACAACAGAUAGGAGUCACGGGUUGAACGAAGAAAGUAAGAACAAAGGCGUUGCCACCGAAAAUGAAGGAUGGGAUAAAAAUCGGGGCGAUUCUUUUGAUGCAGAACGGAAUAAUCAAGAAAAAGCGAAUUACUGUAGUAAUUUCGGUAACUCGUACAUGGAUCUUGGAGACGCAGGUGAUCCAAUUGCAGGUACUGAUAUUGGCUCCUCUUUCAAUAGAGCGAAUAGCACUCAACUAGAAACGCAUCAUUUAAAUCAUUCACAACAAAAUACAUGGGACAAUACUUAUGAUUUUGAAGGGAGCCAAAAUUUCGGAUGCCAAACGUACGGUGAUCGGCAAUUCGAAGGAACGCGAACACCUCCUCCUCCUCAACAACAACGGCUAAGAGAACAAAAUUCAAAUUUCAAGCAUGAACUGAAUUCAGAUUCCAGGCAUGAACAAAAUUCAGAUUUCAAGCAUGAUCAAGGUUCACCAAUGUCACAAUCUUUACACGCUCAAUCUCACACAUCACAAUCCCAAACUGAGUCUGAUCAUGACCAUCAACCUGUAGUAUUAAGCACAGAUUCGAUAACCCUGAAGAUAAAUGCCUGGCAUUCUAUUGCCGAUCCGAAUGCAGUAGAAAGAGAUGAUGGUAUUGGCACCGGACAACUGCAUCGCAGGGGAAGAAAUUACAAACCUGUUGAUGAGGCGACCGUAUUAGCGAUACAGCAAAAAGGGAAAAGUUCUGCCAAGAAACCUAAAAAACAGUUUGAAGACAACUCCACGUUCUCCUCUUCAAACACCAAGCCCAUACAAAAAAGCUUAAGUAGAACAAAACCACUACCUAAACCUGGUCCUCAUAAACUUCCUAAUAAUCCUUUUACCACCAACACAUCCACAUCACCUUCAUCAUCCACAUCUCCUGCGUCAUCUGCACCACACAAGCCAUACUCUGUUAAACAGGAAGCACGAACUACUGUUAAUCAGCAACAACAACAACGAGAGAAGACACCAUCGCCAUUACCUCCGCCGUUGCAGCAACAACCACAGUCGACACGGACACCUUCUCAAGCACCUGGUCAAGAAAGAUGGAAUUCUCCAAGUUUAGCUACCACUCCUUUCUGGGAAAUAACUCAAAAUAAUAUUUCACAAUCUGCUGCUAAGUCAACACAUUAUCAACAGUCACAAUCUUAUCGUCAUCCAUCGCCUGCUCGCUCACCGCGACCGUCAAAAUACUCACAGGAUUUUUUACCAUAUAUCCCACCAGAGUUCGAUUCAACCCCGUAUCGAAAGCAAUCGUCUCCUUCACCUGCUCGUGGUUAUUCACCCGUUCGUGGUCACUCACCUGCUCGUAGUCAUUCAAAUGAUUACAUAGAUGAACCGCCCGAAUACGAGCGAGAGAGUAAUGAUGAUCAAGAAGAUUAUGAGCAAAAUAGCGAUGUCGAUGACGAAAAUAACGUAUAUUAUGAAGAGGAUGAAAGUUUCUCUGAAAAAGAAGGAUAUGAGUCGGCAUCUGUAUUAUUCGAUGAUGAGCCUAUUUCACGUCCUCUUCCACCUCCUCUUGUUCCAACUCCAUUAUCGCCAAAACGUCUUAAUCUACAUGAUCGAGGUUAUCAUCUUCUCACUAUAAAUGUAGAACUUUCAGAGUCAGAGCCUCCUCAAGCCAUUGUUGUUCACGUGAAUGAUGAUCCUGCGGUUUUAGCCAAAGAAUUCUGUGACAAGUGGAAAGUUACUAAUGAUGUUGUAGAACCUGCAUUAAUCCAAUUAAUUAGAGAAGAAAAGGAAAAACGUCUUGGAUGA